AGACUCCUCCAGUCUGGCAUGCCCCGCUGCUUGUGUUGUAGCUCCAGUUUGGGAAACAGUCCACCCAGAACCCCGAUGCUUCGGUACCCAGCGGUGAACCGGUUCUGAACGGAUCUGGAUCUCGGAGCGGGCGGGACGGCGGUACCUCCCUGCUGACGGUGGAUGCCGGUCCCGGCGCGGGGUUCGUCCCGGAGAAGAAGGAGCGAGCCGCGGCUCGUUUAGAUCAGGCGAUGGCGCCGACUCGGAUGAAGCUGCGCGUCCGUCAGCGCGACGCUGCCGCUGCUCCAGCAGGAGGCGCCGCGCUGGAGGAGGAGGCAGAGGGACCCCGGCAGAGCAGGCGGAGCAGCAGAAGGAAAGCCAACAAGAAAGGCCCGGCCCCCUGCGCCUCCUCCGCCCCCUCCUCCUCCGCCUCGCCUCCCACCACCUCCUCCGGAGGCGCGCGGCCGGCGGUGGCGGCGGAGGCGUCGCCGGACUCCAAGUGCCCGAUCUGCCUGGACCGCUUCAACAACCUGGCGUACCUGGACCACUGCCUGCACCGCUUCUGCUUCCCCUGCAUCCAGGAGUGGUCGCACAACAAGGCGGAGUGUCCGCUCUGCAAGCAGCCCUUCGCCUCCAUCCUGCACUCCGUGCGCGCCGAGGACGACUUCAAGGAGUACACGCUGCAGCCUCCUCCGCCCCCGCCUCCCCGCGCCGCCGCCAGCCAGCUCACCGCCAGCACCUUCCUCACCACCGUGGCCGCCAUGACGUCCGACGGCAGCACGCAGCACCACCUGCGGCUGAUGCUGCGCCGCCACCUGGUGGCCACCGACCAGGAGGCCGCGCGCAGGAGGCGCCGCCGGGAGCAGGCGGCGAGCGGCCGGCGCUCCGGCGACCGCAUGGGGGAGUGGGAGUUCUUCAUGCACUCGCCGCCGCUGCCCGUCUCGCCGUACCACCUCAACAUGUCGGAGAUCAUCAUGGGGGACAUGGGGGUGGAGCAGCAGGAGGAGGAGGAGGAGGAGCGCCGGCUGGACUUCGGCGAGCCGCCGGGGGCCGCCGCCCCCUCCAGCAGGGCCUCCCGCCGCCUGAUGUGCCGCCUGGCGGUGCGCCAGCGGCUGCAGAGGGAGGGCGGGGCGGCCCCGAUGAGGGGGGCGGAGCUGAUGGCGUUCCGUAAGGCGCUGUACCAGUGCGGCGUUCGCGUCCGGGGCGUCAGCGGCAACCAGGGGCGGCGGCGCUCCGUCACGGCGGAGGCCUUCCGCCGAAGCUCCGCCCACCUCAACAGGCUCCACGCCUGGCUGCGGCGGGAGCUGGCCGUGCUGCUCGGCUCCCGCGCCUCGCUGGCCGACGUGGUGCAGCGCGCCGUCAUGGCCCGGGUGCGGCGCAGCGGCCUGGAGGACCCCGACACCAUAGAAGAAGAGCUGCGGCCGUUCCUGCUGGGCCGCGCCGCGCACUUCGUGCACGAGAUGGUGAGCUUCGCCCGCUCCUCGCUCCGCAUGGAGGUGUACGACCAGCAGGCGGUGUACGAGCUGCCGCCCUCCGCCCUGGAGCUGGACCGCCUCAGCUCCUCCUCCGACGGCAGCUCCGUCAUCGCCAUCUCCGAGGAGGAGGAGGAGGCGGAGGAGGAGCGGGGCGGGAGGUCCGACGGGGCGGCGGGCGGCAGCCACGAUGAUGUCAUCGCCACAGGAAGCAGCCUCAGUCUGUCGGGUUGGGACGACGAGACGCCGGGACCCUCCUACACCUCCGCCGAGCCGCCGCCGCCGUUCAGCCCCGUCCCCCAGGAGCCGGCCAAUCAGGAGCGAGGGGAGGAGGAGGAGUGUCUGAUCGUCGGCUACAAGAAGCCGAUGGCGGAGCGGACCCCCGAGCUGGUGCAGCUGUCCUCCGACAGCGAGGAGGAGGAGGGAGAGAAGAAGAAGAAGGAGGAGGAGGAGGAAGAGGUGAUAUCAGGGCCCGCUGAGAAGGCUCCUCCUCCUCCUCCCCCCUCCUGCCUACCCAUAAUCCCCGCCUCCACGUCGGGAGCCUUCAGGGCGGAGGCGGAGGAGCAGAGGGAGCGUGACCCCCGCAGGUGGCGCUCCGGCUCCUGGUCGGAGAGUUCUGGAGGAAGUCGUCUGUCGGUUUGCUCGCUCAGCCCGGCGACGCCCGAGCAGCGCCGCCGAGACAGGAGGAGGAGGAAGAAGAAGAGGGGGCGCGACCGCAGCGGGGAGCGCCCGAGGAGGAGCGGCACCUUCUGCAACCCCAACCGCUCCAUCUUCCCCCCCAUGAUGUCCCGCCGCUCCCCCUCGCCGCUCCGCUCCAGCGCCGACUCCGCCUCCUCGCCGCCGCGCAGCCCCCGGGACUCCAGCUGGGAGUUCCGCCUCUCCCAGGUGUCCCCGCUCUCCUCCUCCGUCUCCUCCCCCUGCCGCUCCUUCUCCCCUCUCUACUCCUCCCCCCCGGAGUCCCCGCCCACCCCCUCCUACUCCCCCAAGCGCCCGCAUCACGCGGACAAGCCCGGCGGGAAGAGGAAGUACAAGAGCCGCCACCUGAACAGCGGCGCCAAGGACCCGCCCUGGAGGCCGGAGCGCCGCCGGCGGGGGGGGGAGCGCAAGAAGAGGGAGAAACCGAGGAGGCGCGAGAACGGCAGCCUGAAGACAGGAAGCAGGAGGUCCAGAGAGGAGCGCAGCCCCAGCGUGGAGAUCAUCUACGAGGGAACCCUCCCCUCCGGCGCGGAGCAGCCCUCUGGACCCAAGCGGCGCCGCAGACGCCACCGCAGGACGCAGCUCACCAGUUCUCCGGUCAUCAUCACUCUGGACAGCGACAGCAGCCACGACGACGCCAACAAGAAGACCAACAGCGCCAGCAGCAGCCCCCUCAGCAGCCAGCAGACCAUCGACUUCUCUGACCUCCCUCCGCUGCCGCUGGCCCCUUCAGCCAGGGGGACCAUGGACGCCGACAUCGGGGAUCUUCCCGCCGACAUCCUGGACCGGGGGUCUGACGGGUCUGAGUGUGAGGCGGUGGACCCGUCCAGAGCCAAGAACCGCAGAGACAACAGCUUCGUGGACGUGACCAACGUGGAGGAGACGGUGUCUCUGCCCGACUCCUCCGAUGAUCAGCAGACGGCUGAACCGGUCGGUGCCGCUGAGCCGAAGGCCCCCAGCGGGGGUCAGAGGGAGCCUGCGGCUGUAGGGGAGGGGGAGGGCAGUGGAGCGGGUCACAGAGGAGACCCGGAACCGUCCUCAUCAGACAGAUGUCUGCUGGAGUCCAUCCUGAACGACCUCAACCAGCUCGCUCCUCCCAGACGGGAGCUCGCCCUGAACCCCGACUACGGUUUCCCUCCUGAGAAACGGAGACGGACCCUCCAGGAGGCCAGCGCCGAGGCGGGUUGCUACCCGGUGGGGGGGGCGUGUUCCGGUCCGGCUCCACCAAUCAGCUGUCAGCAGAAUCAGGACUACGGCUCCCGCACCUCCUCGGUCCCCUCACCGCCUCCUGUGGAGCGGGCGGAGGGCAGGGAGGUCCCGCCUCUGCUCAGACGGACCAGUCCGGUCGGGUCCUACCACAGGAACACCCCCCCGCCCCUGAAGCACAAAGACGACCCCCAGCAGGGCGCCGCCCUCCCCCGGGACGUCCGGCCCCGUCGUCAUGACUGCGAUCCGACGGGCAGCAGCUCCCCGCUCCUCCUCGGCCUCAACAACCACGCCAUUCCUCCCAUCUCCACCCUGAAGAGCCACCUCCACCACCUCUACCCGCCCCCCGCCGGGUUCCCGGCUUACCCCCAUUCCUCUGAGUACUUCCCGGCUCUGGGCUUCGGCUCCUUCCCCCCCACAGAGUCUCAUCCCAGCAGGGGACGAUUAAAACUGUCCUCAGCCGCCUGAGCUGAGUCCUGUGAACUCCUCACAUUCCUCCGAGCUCCGCCCGGCUCCUCGCAGCUCUGCCUGCGGGGGCGACGGGGGCGCGGCGCUGAGCCCCGUCCGGCGGGGAGCUCCUCCCGUCUGGAGCGUGUUCUCCGGACCGGACUCUAACGGCGCCGCUGCUUUCUUAGCGGACAAACUGAACGGCAGCAGCUGCUCGGCGCGGCCAGCAGGUGGCGCUCCGCCGGAGACCCCCGGCUACACCGACCCCGCCCACUCCGCCUUACCCUCGUCUCCACGGCAACGCCCCGGCGGCUUCCUCUCCUCCAACACGACGUUCACCUCUCAGUGCCACCCGGACCCGCUUCACCUCUACGGGUCCGAAUCGGCGCCGCAGAACCACAGGGAGGUGAGCUCCACCCCUCAGCCCCCCUCUGGCUCCCACCUCCACCCCUCUGAGCCGGUACCGCCGCCUCAGAACCAGAACCACCUGGACCCGCUCAGCUCGCACCCUAAAAGCUCCCACAGGAACUUUGAGCAGAACCCAGACAAUCAGCCGUGUGACCCGCAGCGCGGUUCUGAGAGGUCCGCCUUAAACACGAGUGAAACGCCUAAAGAUUAACUGGUGUAGAAAAAAAAAUUGUUUUUAAUUGGUUCUGUUCAGACUUCUUCGCCUGAAAAGUGACCCGGUUCUGAUUCUGGAUCAGCUUCCACCUUUUACUUGAAGUUCUGGGACUUUUAUCCAAAUAUAUUUAUAUGUUUUACUUGUUUUUUUAUGGCAAAGAGAACAAAGAUGAUCUAAUGCGUCUGACUCGCUGUCUUAACUGAGAACUGUCAUCUUUAGGGGUGUUGGACCGGACCUCCUUCCUGUUAGCCGUCAGAACUCCUACAGAUGUUUUAAUCCUGAUAAACUGAAUGUUCUGGUGGAGAGCCGGAGGUCAGCGGUCCGGUCCGCGGGGGGAGGGAGGUUCUGAAUAAAAGUUUGAUCUGAAAA